AUGAAAAACACGCUGUGCUCGCCGCAGAUCUGCUCCUGGGACGGCAGCUCGCCGCAAAUCUGCUCCUGGGACGGCAGUGCGCCGCGGACCUACCACUGGGACGGCAGUCCGCUGCAGACCUACCACUGGGACGGCAGUGUGCCGCAGACCUACCACUGGGACGGCAGUUCGCCGCAGGUCUGCCACUGGGACGGCAGUGCGCCGCAGACCAACCACUGGGACGGCAGCUCGCCGCAGAUCUGCUCCUGGGACGGCAGUCCGCCGCAGACCUACCACUGGGACGGCAGUCCGCCGCAGGUCUACCACUGGGACGGCAGUGCGCUGCAGACCUACCACUGGGACGGCAGCUCGCCGCAGAUCUGCUCCUGGGACGGCAGUCCGCCGCAGACCUACCACUGGGACGGCAGUCCGCCGCAGAUCUACCACUGGGACGGCAGUCCGCCGCAGAUCUACCACUGGGACGGCAGUCCGCUGCAGGCCUACCACUGGGACGGCAGUGCGCCGCAGAUCUACCAUUAG